AACAAGCAACCUGACAAGCAGCUAGCGAGCUGGCGUUAGCUUAGCCUCAGAGCUACCCAGUGAAACCUGCACUACACACAUCUGAUAAUACGGACUUUAAACUACAGUAACCACAAUUUUACACAUUUCGGAAUGUUUUUGUUAUCGGUAUUGUUAUGAAUAUUUAUUUAGUAACAGUGGUUCAUAAACUGAUGUGUUUAAAGCUUGGCUUAAGAGCUAGGUAGCAGUUUAGGGAGACGGCUGGGUGGUUGGUUUUCGAGUAUAGCUAAAUCAGUUAGCUAACCUAUAUGAUCACCAAGACUGACCUCCACACAGCAGAAAAUCAUAUAGGUUAGCUCUCUUACAUAGUAAUCUUUCAAGAAUUAUCCUGUAUUGAUCAUUUAAAUAAAUUUCAAUAGCUAGCUAGCUGCCUACUUGGCUAAUAUACGUGCACUUACGGAAUAUUAACGUUGUGGUGUUUGUCAUGUGCGCUUGCUUUAGGUGCUGAUUGCUUUCCAUAAGAAAUUGCUCCUUACCGGAGCAGAGUCUGUCCCUAAUCACAAGGGAACAUGGAGGGCUGGGCUAACUAAAGAAUAAAGCAGGAUAUGACAUCCCCCUAUGAGUGCAUACUCAAGCCUUGGAAACUCAGGGAUCUCCUCAAUGUUGUUUUUCUUUCUUAAUCUGAAAAAAAAACCAAUAACAAUGUCUGAGCUCAGCUGUCAACACAGUUCUUUGGAAUGAGAUCCCUGGCCAUGUUUAAGAAAUUAAGCCCAUCUACGUUGUCAGUAGUUGUAGCCGCGCUGCUGCCGCUUUAUCCCACUCCCCUUUUUUUUUUACCCUCCAAUAGUUAAAAUCAAGUCUGCUGAAGCAGAUUAUUCAGUUUAAUAGGUAACAUUAGAUUUAAUCAUUAAGGCCCACAGCAUUGAUCAUUAAGUGGCUGGUGUUAAACAAGUGCAAGAGAGAUCGAAUGAUGUGUCCACUAGAUGGCACUUUUGAGUCACCCAGCAUGGACAGCUCACAGAUUCAGAACCAGUGUCAUUGAGCAACCGGGAGAAACAGAGAGAGUAAAGGGCUUUACUGUAACUCAUGAAGCUGUUUUAUUAACUCUAUUUUAAGAUAUUCCAUAGCAUUGGCCAUUUUCAGUGUGCUCAGGCAUGGCCAUUUUCAAAAUGUUCCAAGCAGAUUAUAUGCAAUGACUGCACUGUUUGAAGUACAUUGUCAUAAAAGUCUCUUGGAUUAUCUGGUGCUGAAUAGGCCUACAUCACAAAAUGUCAUACAUCUCAUUAGUGAUUGUUAGCUAAUAAGUUUGCUGUUUGUUCAUUUGGUUUGUGGUUGACCCCAAUUUUUUUGCUGGGUUUAUUAAAGAUAAUGUUUUUCUUUUGCUAUUAUAUGAUAAAAUAAUCAUUGAUGUCUUGUAUUUUUUUUGUGGUAUUAUGAAUCCUGCUAUAUAGGCCAAGCUUUUCUGUAUGCAUACCUUUGGCAAAGUUCACUUGUUGAGUACUACAUUCUUACAUUAUGGAAGGAAACAGGUAUAUGAAAUGUUAAUGUACCUGUGGCGUCCCUGCAGUCUGUUCUUAAUAAUUAAAGUAGCAGAGACAACUGACCAGGAAGGAGGUGUGCAGUACUGUAGUACACAACAGGACAUAACCAGUCCUUCCUCAGCUGGGCAGGCAGCAAGCUCUUCAAAAUCAUCUUCAAAUACAAAGAAACACCAGAUAGUGAACUGGGAUCUUAAAGGUGUUGAUAGCAAUUAGGGAAAACUCCUAACAUCUCACAAUUUCACUUUUCCCUUUUUCUGUUUUUAUCUUCUGUAUUUCUACAAAUGUAAAAAAUAGCUUAUGAAUGAUAAGUGACCUUUGAAUAAUGAUGGGUGAAAUUUCAGAACAUUUAUGACUACCGUCUAUUUCUACUUUAGUAUUAGCCACUCUAGUAAGGUCAUAAGCAUUGUUUAUUUUUUCGCCCAUCGCAGCAUGUGAUUAUUGCAAUUACUGGCCUCAGAUCAUCUUUAUUCUGCUGUCUAUUCUUUAGAUAAGGGGCACAGCUGAACAGGAGAACAGUGGUUUACUCUUCACGGUUCAGCUGUACAUUUCAUCACAGGAAGUGGUGGCUGCUCACCUUCCUUUGCAUGCCUUCCCUGUAUAGUCAGAGCAAGAGAGGGUGUGCGCAGUUGGCUUUGUGUGUUCGUAUGUGCUGCGGUGCGCGCUUUCUUUUGAAGGCGGUGGUACCCGUGCCAUUUUGAGACGCGCGCCACCUGUUGCAGGCACCACAGCCGAGCUGUGUCAGUGAUACUGCAGACAGGUGAAGACAGCAGUUGCAUGCCGCGAGCUUUAGAGAUGAUUGUGAAAAGUCAUGGAGCCAGAGCCAGGCUUGUCUCCGUUUAAGCGCGUUUUCCUGAAGGGGGAGAAAGGGAGAGAUAAGAAGGCGCAAGAGAAGUCCACAGAGCGCAGGGCCCUCCACACCUUUCCCCUCUCUGUGCCCGACCACCGUAUCGACCCUGACAUCCUGCUCAACGACUACAUUGAGAAGGAGGUCAAGUAUCUUGGGCAGCUGACAUCUGUUCCUGGAUACCUCAAUCCGUCCAGCCGCACCGAAGUUCUGCAACUUAUUGACAAUGCCAGGAAGUCUCAUCAGCUUGCAGGUCAGCUGACCUCGGAGCAAGAUGCCGUGGUCAGUCUGUCAGCGUAUAACGUCAAGUUGGUGCGGCGUGAUGGAGAGGAUAUUAUCCUGCGAGUACCCAUUCAUGACAUUGCUGCUGCAUCCUACAUCCGAGACGACUCGCUGCACCUGGUGGUCCUGAAAACGGCCCAGGAGCCUGGAGGCUCUCCUUGUCCCAGCACAUGUCCAGAACUGUCGAAGUCGCCCACGCUGAGCUCUCUGUCUGAGAGUGGCAGCAUGGAAGUCUGCUGCCUGCUCGUGCUAGCUGUUGAAAACAAGGCAGCUGCAGAGGAGCUCUGUCUGCUCCUCAGUCAGGUCUUCCAGAUAGUCUACACAGAAUCGACCAUCGACUUCUUGGACAGGGCCAUCUUUGAUGGAGCCACAACUCCCACUCGUCAUCUUUCUCUGUACAGUGACGAUUCCUCCAGCAAAAUGGACGGUAAAGAGCCAUUCGAAGGAGGAUCAGGCACAUUCUUGUUUCAGAGCUUUCUGGAGACUGCGGGACACUCUCCCUGUCCCUCCCCCUCGUCCACGCCAGCCUCGCCGCAGGACAAAACGGCUAGUGAGAGUGAACUAAGCACAACCGCAGCUGAGUUGCUGCAGGACUAUAUGACUACACUGAGAACAAAGCUAUCCUCUCAGGAGAUUCAGCAGUUUGCCACACACUUGCGUGAGUACAGGAAUGGUGCCUCCAUCCAUGAAUUUUGUAUCAACCUGCGGCAGCUUUACGGGGACAGCAGGAAGUUCCUCUUACUCGGCCUGAGGCCCUUCAUCCCAGAGAAGGACAGCCAGCAUUUUGAGAACUUCCUUGAGACCAUUGGCGUGAAGGAUGGCCGUGGCAUCAUCACUGACAGCUUCGGCCGCUACAGGCGCACGGCCAGCUCUGCCUCUGACUCCACCACCAAUGGCAACGGAGCAGCAGGUGGCUCUGACGAAGGAACAGCGCCUUCCGAGGGUGACGAGUGGGAUCGCAUGAUCUCAGACAUCAGCAACGACAUUGAGGCGUUAGGUUGCAGUAUGGACCAGGAUGGUAUGGCACCAUAACAACGGUAGCCUAGGGUGGGAGCCAAGGAAGUUUCACAGUGUGUUUGCGUCCAAUCACCACUUGAUGAUAAACUAUCUAACUGCAUGGUUCACCAGUCCAUGUCACUGACAAAUGAUGCUGGAAUGUGGAUAUUUUGCCACAUGGGUUCAAUCUUGGCUUUCAUGUAAUAUUGCGACCAUGUUACCACCAUUCAAAUUGGAUGAUGGUGUUUUUGGAGACACUUGAAGUACACUUGAGUUCUUUUGGUAACUGUGCUACGCAUAGUUAGUUUUACUCCAUGUUUAUUGGCAGUAUCUGCUAUCAGUGAUGGAGAUGUUGCCUUUUUACUCUGAUCUGAGACCAGCUCUUAAAAAAACGGUUUGAAUUGCUGUCUUAAGUCCUGAGCAUUCACUGCAAUGAAAGGUUUGUCUGACAGCAGUUAACCUUCUCUUCAACACCACUUAAUUCUUACAAACUGCAGAAAUCUGCGACACAUAAUUAACAUAAUUGUAACUGACAAGACAUCAAAAGUGAACAUCUGUCUUUUUUAGAGAUGAGUUUUAGAGAUGAUUUAUAUAUGGUAUGGUUUCAAAGGCAAGUCAGAUGCAUGCAUUCAUCAACUUUUAACAGGGAUUUGUGUACCUUCAGUGUUAUGACUCAGGACAAUAUCCUGAGCAAGGGACAUGUAGGGGUUAUAAACACCAUAAAAAACUGAUUGUACAUGCACUCAGCAAGGAGAGAUGCUUUCUGUAGAGGUUUUACAGUACGUUUUCUUGUCUGUGGUAGCCUUGGUUUUUCCCCCAUGAAUGUCAGUUGAAUAUUAGGCCAUACUGUAAGAUUUGUGAAUGAGACUUGGCAUUUGGAUUAGAAUGAGUAAUGGAUGGGUUGUGCUGUACUUGGAUCAUUGUAAAGAAGUAUCAUCUGCCAGGAUAGGGAGAAUACCAUAGUGGCUUUUCCAGAGUCCCUUUGGGAGGUCUUCUUUAGUGAUCAUGUGGAUCAGAGGUCCCCUGUGUCUUGUAACAUAGUUUUAUGACCAAAGUGCAGUAUAUUUUUCUUUCUUAUUUUAGCUCAACUUGAAAUUUGAUCCACCAAGUGCUUUUAUUUCUGUCUUUAAUAUAAAAGUUUGUAUAACCUUUAAACACGUUUCAUUAUUACUAGGGCCCUGCCAAAUUCAUGGCAGUGAAAAUCGCGUCACUGACCGUAAAAUAUCGGAAUGCCAGAAAAUUGACAGUUUUGUUUUAUUUUUUUGUAUAUGUGCCUUAACUGGAUUGCUUUUAGUCAAAUGCCAGAGCCCCGUGCAUUUUUUUUUUGUCGCUAUGAACAAGUCAAACGAGUUCGUAGCACGGACAACGUCGUUCGAUAUGUGAUGUUACGCUGCCAUGCACAAGUUCUCAUUUUGAUUUCUGAUGCAGUUUUAAGUUUAAUCAGCACUGACAUUUCUGUUGUUUUACAAACUUUUGUUUUUAAUUAUAAACAAUUAUAAAUGCCGUUUUGGUAGUAUGAAGCUCCAGCACUAACGUCAGCAUGGCCCUGCUUAUCAAGUGUGAGCCAUGUCAAAAGCAUUCUGGUCAAAACACUUGAGUGUUUUCAUCUCUGUGAGAGCAUGGCUCUAUACAGUCUAUGCUGAGAGAGAAUGAAGUCUUAACACCGUCUCCCGAUGUUCAGUGCUUAUCACUCAGUUGUUAAUGUAGGCUAGUUAUUGAUCAAUGUUAGUGCAUGACAAACUAGCUGGCCGAAGCCAAGUUGCUAUCCUAGCCAGCGUAUGUGCCUAGUUAUGUGUUGGCUAUUUAAAACAUGCUGUGAAAUGUAACUCGAUUUGUCUUCAAAAAUGUGUGAAAUCCAUAAUUUGAGAAACAAGAGCCAUACAAUUCUCCCUUGAAUUUAGUACAACAAUGGCUGGUUAUAAUUACCCAUCAAUUGUUUAUGUGGACUGUGCCAGGUAGGGAACGUUAUCCUCUCUCUCUCUCUCAUAUAUAAUUACACACACACACACACACACACACACACACACACA